AGUUAAACAAACGUGUUCCCCGGUGUUUGUAGUAGCCACAUGGAUCCGGAACAGUAGUGGAAGGCAUAAGGAGGUUCUGAAUGGAUCACUUCGAGAAGGAUUUAGUUGAUGCGCUAAAAGACAUUGUCAAGGCUGGAAACUGGCAGUGUGUGGGAGACAAAUCUAAAUUUAAGUCACCAUGCACGAAGUUUUACUCAGAUGAUGGAGAGCAUAUAGUCCUGGUGCACACAAAGGAUGAUAAAUUCUGGGCUAUGGAUUCAUCUUGCCCGCAUGAAGGGGGGCCACUUGAGCAAGGUGAUAUCGAGGACAUGGGCAAUGGGAAAUUGGCACUGAUUUGCCCAUGGCAUUACUUUGAUUUCUGCCUUGAAACUGGUUCCUCUUCCACUGGACUGCAGAACCAAGUGUAUGAUGUCCGUGUACUGGAUGGAAAAGUGUAUAUAAAUACCCAGAACACACUGUCCCUCUGUCCUAUCCCAGUGACAGAAAUAACCCAUCAAGACAGUUUGCCCGUGGAAAUAAAUUCCUCAGAAAACACACUUUGCAUGUGGGCCACCAAAAUCCUUCAAACCCCAGACCCACAGGAAAAGGUUUCAUUGACCAAGAUAGUGCAGGAGAACUGGAACAGUGGGAAAAUAACCGAGACUGGGGAGACCAGCCCUCCUGCACAGCCUAACAGAAAAGACAGUCUGACCAUUGUGGAGCCUGGAAAAAUCAAACGGGGCAAAGGUGGCACACUGGCGAGUAGGAUUGCUUUACUGCACUCUCUUGCUAAUAUAGAGCAAUGGGCGAUAGACCUGUCCUGGGAUGUGAUAGCAAGAUUCUCCACAUUUAGAUUGAGCAAUGGUGAGCCACUACCUCGCCAGUUCUUUGAUGACUUUGUCAAAGUAGCAGGAGAUGAAGCCAAGCAUUAUCAGUUACUAGAGCAAAGGAUUCUAGAACUUGGCAGCUUCUUCGGCGCUUUACCAGUACACAACGGUUUAUGGCAGUCAGCAACAGAUACGUCUCAUGACCUGUUGGCAAGGCUAGCUAUAGUGCACAUGGUCCAUGAGGCCAGGGGUUUAGAUGUUCACCCUCAGACUCUGUCCCGGUUUGCUGCUCAGGGAGACACGAGCUCAGUGAAGGUGUUGGAGGUGAUUUAUGCUGAUGAGAUCACACAUGUGGCUGCAGGGCUGAGAUGGUUCACAUACAUCUGCUCAAAAGAAGGACGGGAUUCCUUAAAAACGUUCCAUGAAUUGGUAAAGUUGCAUUUCAAAGGGUUUUUGAAGCCUCCGUUCAACACAGAAGGAAGGAAGACAGCAGGGAUGACAGAAGAGUGGUAUGUUCCUCUUGUCAAGCCUUCCAGCUUACAGAAGACCUCCUGAAGACUUAUUUUCAUCCAAAAAGAGGAAACCUGUUUUGCAUUCUGAAAAAAAGGACUUUGAAUGUAAAGUGUGCUUGCAUGAUCAUCGGAUGAACACAGAACAUCAGAAAUCACAGAGCGGAUCCUGUGAAUCCAGGAAUAUGUGCAUUCAGUAUUUUCUAACAGUGACCACUGUUUAAUGGUUUCUUUAAUUCUUGUGUAAGAAAUGAAAUUGAAUCAAUGAACUUACAAUUGAAAUAUUUUAUUUAAAUACAUUAUUGGACAAAUAAACAUCCUUAAAUAUU